GGGGGCGUGCGCGCACCGUGUCAGUUUCGAAGUCCCUGGCUUCUCCCCUGUGCUCCCAAGCAACUGGAUCGCGCCUCGGGCUAAGGCUUUUCCCUCCUCUGCCCACCCGGCGCCUCCACCCGGCCCUGCGGCGCCCCGCAGCUCCCCGCCCCCCCCCACCAGCCCCGGGGCCCUUCCUGCCUUUUCUCCGCGGUGCUUUGAUCCGGGGGCCUUUCUGUUUGUUUUCUCUUCUUUCCUCUUUGUUGCUCUAAAACCCACCUCGCCGAAGCCCCCCGCUGCGGAGGGAUUUCGAGUUGCAGAGGAAGGCGGCUGCCGCGCACCGCAUCAGCCCCUCCUGCGACCCCGCCAGCCGGCGCACCCACCCCGCCUGCCAGACCCGCCGCCUGCGUUCGUUCGCCCGAGGAAGCCAGCCGAGAGUUCAUUGAUGCACCCAUUCCAGUGGUGUAACGAAUGCAAGCAAAUGGACCAUCUCUUCUCAGCUAUAAAGCUCUUCUCACCCAUACUUCUUUAUCACAGAAAGUCCCAAACUCACUGACUCAAUCCUGGAGCCCCAGGGGAAGUUUCUCUCAGCAAGAUAACAUGGUCAAGAUAAACUGAUAAAGUGCUGAGGCCAGAGUGCCUCCAGAGUGAAUACAUGUAAACUCUCUACAUUCGCUAUGGCCAUUGCUGUGCAAGUUCCGAGAACAGGGAACCCAGUGAAGUUCCUUGGGACCCUAAACAUGCCAGGAUCCAGCUCAUAAAAGGUGCGUGGAGAGCAAAGGGUGUUUCUGCGGCCUGGGACUGGUGAGCUCCAACAAGUCCUGCUCCAUGCCACCCAUCAGUUUCCAAGACCUUCCCCUCAACAUCUACAUGGUCAUCUUCGGCACCGGCAUCUUCGUCUUCAUGCUUAGCCUCAUCUUCUGCUGCUAUUUUAUCAGCAAACUCCGGAACCAGGCACAGAGCGAACGAUACGGAUAUAAAGAGGUGGUGCUUAAAGGUGAUGCCAAGAAGUUACAGUUAUAUGGGCAGACCUGUGCAGUCUGUCUGGAGGACUUCAAGGGCAAGGCUGAGCUGGGUGUGCUCUCAUGCCAACACGCCUUUCACCGCAAGUGUCUGGUGAAGUGGCUGGAAGUACGCUGUGUCUGCCCCAUGUGUAACAAGCCCAUUGCUGGUCCCUCAGAGGCCACCCAGAGCAUCGGGAUCCUAUUAGAUGAGCUGGUGUGAGUGCUGCCUCCAUACCAAGGCCUGGAGAGAGAAGACUUCUAGCCUCACGGGUGCCUGGUCCUUCCGCGAAGCCGCAAGUGAACAAGACUGGUGGGUGGUGAUGGGCAUGCUCCCCUGGAGGGACGGGGGUGCAGGGCUGGUCUUCCAGCCUCAGGGUGAGACUAGACGUGCCCACCUCUCUGCUUCCUGAAGCCUGCUUCCCUGCUACUCGGUUCUGAUGGACUUGCCCAUCGGGACCACUGUAUCCUGGUACUGGACUAUCUGCCUGCCUUGUCCCUGCUCUGGGAAAAGAAAUCCAUUCCUAUCUGGCCAAGAACUUGGAGCACACCCCCUUGAGGCUUCCCCUGAGGAGGACAGGCUGCCCUGACCUAGAAGAAGGGAUGAGAUGGGCUCUGCCCCGCCUGUGGCCUCCCUGCCCCCUCCCCACUCCUUCCAGAGGAAGGUUAGAAGGGAAGGAAGGAGAAAGAUGGAGGAACCAAGUGCCUCCAGUGGAAGCGAGGGAGGCUCUGUAGGAAAUGGGGAGAGCAGGGCCAAACGGAAGAAAAGUCAACGUUUACAUGGGACCUAUGGAAACAAAGGCUGGCCGGCCGGCCUGCUGACUACAGGGCGGUGGGGGGCAGCCCCCUGCCCCUCCUAGAUCUGAGGUGCUAUCCGUUCACUGUUCCUCGGUUGAUCUCAGAGCUUCCUAUUCCGUGUUGGGGUUUGAGUAUCCACCGGCCCAGACGAAGGGCUUGGUCUACACCCAAAUGGAUUCCCAGGGGUUUUUUUCUAAAGGAGCAAAAAGGGGGCCUGGGGAUGGGGGUGUCUGGAUAUUAAGGUCGUGGUGGACACCCUCUUCCCCUUUGUAAAUAGUAUUUUUAUACUUCAUCCUCACCAUCUCAGGCUUUAUACAUGGAAUCCUCCAAAUGGAAGGGGUAGGGCUUUUCUGUUCCUCCCCCAAGUGGGUGAGGGUGGGAAAAAGGUAUGUAUUUAAAGCAAAUUAAAUUUAAUAACAAGUUUCUCUAACCUUUUGCCUGUGGUUGUGGCUUGUGUCCGUUGGCCCUUUUCUGCCAACAGAGGGAACAAAGUUCUCGAACUGCCCUCUACUUGCUUUCCCAUGCUCAGAGCGGACAUACAUGUGCACAAAGCUUCCUGAUCCUUGACAAGAAGAAUUCGUAUUAAUUAUUACCUGUUCAGCGUAGGUUAGGACGAACAUCGAUAUGCUUGAAGACCUGACUGAGCCAGGCUCAUUCACAUGAUGUCUAGAAUAUUUUUAAAGAAAGCUGGUGUAUGGCACCAUAGCAUUCCAGCUACCAAGACGUGUCAUUCGUAGAGUUCGCCUUGUAAUUCAAGCCACUGAGCUCUUAACACAGGAAAGGUCCACAUUGCUACCAUGGAGGCUUGAUUUCUUUCUCUGAUUAGACUUUUUUUCUUACCCACUAGCUGACAAUCACUGACUCAUCCUACCCUGUGUACUGCAUCUAGAAGUACUGUUAGCUUUUUAUGCUUCCAGCUGCACUCAGAUCUGGCACCCGUGCCCUCCAGCUGUGCUCUGUCAACGUCUUAAAGUGGUGCUGAGUUGAUCGUGGGUUUGCAAAAUGGAUGGAGAGAGCCAGGAACCAUUUUCGUGGCCGUCGCAAGCAGGGAGCAGCUGGGUUGUGGCUGGCCUCCGCUCAGUGGAACGGGGCAGGGCCAGUGGUCCUACCAGCAUCUCUCUUUUUUUUUUCUCAUACUUCCAAGAUUUUAUUUUCUUUUUAAAAAAGUCAUUUGAGACAAUAUCGCAGAAGUAGAAUGCAUUAUUGUUUGUCUUUAACAGAAAAAAAAAAAAAUCAACGCUGCAGUAAAACAGAACACAAACUCAUGUGUUUCCCCAACUGUGCUGCUCAGGAACGCACCUUCCACUUCCCAGCAUGUCUUGAGCAAAGUCUAGUGUAGUGGUGGGUCACAGACACACAAGAGAUGCCUGUGCUUCCAGAGGAGCCAGACCUACAGGUUAGGUAUGAUGCCCGCCUAGCCCUGCAGUUGAGCCAUGGAGCCUGUCGGCACAGUUGGUGCUCAUGGCAGGGCAGACCCGAGAUGCCACCUGGGCAUCUGACAUUCCUGGUGGAGUUGUCGCUACCUGUCUUGGUGGCGUCCUCUGCCCCACGGGGCGCCUGUUCUUGCCGCCUCUUCACACGCUGAGAAGUAACUGCUGCCCCUUAGAGCCUCUACCCGCUGCUCGUUGCUGCCAACCCUGCAGGGUUGGAUCUCUUCACUGAGAGCACCAGUUCCUCCUCUCCAGGUGGGCCUGCUUGCUUCAGUGCAGAGGAUGCAAUGCAUUUCCCAAGCAAAACAAAGAGCCCUCCCUCUAGCGCCUGCCGCCGCCUCCUGGUGGAUGCAUCACGGGAAUGAGGUGGGAAACAGGUGGUCUCCAGG